AUGGAGACUUUCACUACCUCCCUUCUUCGACAGCAAGAGCUUAUGACAAAGCAAUUUGAGCUACAAGCAAAGCAAAAUGAACACUUUGAAAGCUCAAUUCAAUUGCUUAUGGCUCAAAAUAAGAGGAUAGAAACCCACAUUUCUCAACUUUCACAACAAGUGAGUCAUUUAUCAACUCUUCAUGAUCAAGCAAAAGUCCAAAAGGAGCAAUGCAAUGCAGUUUUCUUGAGAAGAGAUGAAUUAUUUUCGAGGAAAAUAGAUGAGAAAGUGUGCAAUGUGGAGCCAAGAAAAGAUGAACAGGGUGAGGAUGUAAAAUGUCCCAAACAUGUUGUUCCAUCGGCCUAUGAGGAACCGAUGCCCUUCCCGCAAAGGUUGUCAAAAGCCGUGCUCGAUAGACAUUUUGGGAAAUACUGCGAAGCCCUUAAGAAGAAUAUUAAAGAUCAACAUGAGGAUAAGGAAGUAGUAAAUGAGAAAGGCUCUACUCUUUUAUGUGAUAGCCUACCACCUAAGCUGCAUGAUCCUGGUAGUUUCACUAUUCCCUGUAUGAUAAACGAAAAAAAUUUCGACAAGGUUUUGUGUGAUUUAGGUGCUAGUGUUAAUUUAAUGCCUUAUUCAUUAUAUGAAAAAUUGGGUUUGCAAAAACUUAAACCUUCCCCUAUUUCUCUUCAAAUGGAUGAUAGGACUUCUAGACUCCCUAUGGGUGUGGUUGAGGAUGUAUUAGUUAAGGUUGGUGGACUUGUUUUUCCUGUUGAUUUUGUUGUUAUGGACAUGAAAGAAGACAAUAAGAUCCCGUUUAUAUUCGGUCGUCCAUUCCUUGCCAAGAGUCAAGCUCUAAUAGAUGUUCCUAAAGGACAAGUGACCAUUAGGGCCCAGAAUAAACAAGUCAUGUUUAAGCUCUUUAAUAAUCAUAAUUUUAUAUUUGAUGGUGGUACUUGUUUAAGAAUUGAUACUACUAACCCUUUGGUUGAUAAGUGUGUAUUUGGUAGAAAUUUUGUGAUAAACGAGGACAAAAUUCCACCCAAUGAUGUGUUUAGCUACAUGAAGGUAAGUUCGGAUACAAAGCAUGUCAAAUAUAAAGUGAAGGAGUCACUUGGAGGCAGAUAUUUUCAUGGGCAACAUCGCGGAGUUCCUUCUUCGUGUGGUGACCCUGGUUGA